AUGCCGCCCCUCCGUCCCUCGCUGUCCAUCUCCCUCCCCGCAAGCACCGACUUCCACUUCGCCGACGGCCACAUGCCCAGGACUCCAGAGGCACAGCAGGCCGAGCAGCAGACUGCUGUCGAGCCACCGCCUCCUCCGCGAACCCAGCCCUUCAAGAUCAAGCGAAAGCGCGUCUCGAGCGCACCCUUCACAGCACCCGACGUCAUACCCGACACCACCGCCGUCAUUCCCACAAUAGAGAUGUCCGAGGUCCCAGCCGAAAUGUCCAGUCCAACGAUACAGCCAACAUCAGCACACCUGCUCUCACCCAUUCCACUCGCCGCGACCUUCCCCCGCGCCGUCACUCCGCCCAGAACACCCGCACCGAAGAUGUACACCACGUUUAGCCAGCUGGAGAGUCCGGCGGAAGAGUGGGAUCUCAUAAACAAGACAAAACCGUCAUUCGAGCGCGCUGGUUCCGUCUGCUCGUCUUUCUCCGACUCCUCCAUCUCAUCGUGCGGCAGCUCGGCCUUCUCGUUACCUACCGGCGGUUACGACAGCCCAGAUUCUGAGGCACCAGACCCAUUCACAGACCACGACUCCACGAAACACGAACACCUCAUAGAAUCACCCGUCAUCAAAACCGAUGCACAUCAACCUAAGCGAGUCAAGACUCGUCGUGAUGCCAAGUGGACCCCGCAGAUGGACGACCACCUCUGGAUGACUUUUAUGGCCUACCUGUCCGACCCUACCUUGACUCCGUUCAAGAUGCUGCCUGGCAGCACGCCUCCAAUGGGGGUCUGCGAUCAGGUAGCUUCCAAGGCAAAGCGAACAUGGCGUCCACGGAAGAACGGCCCAAUCAACAUUGGCUCCAUCGACGCCCUCUUCGAAACGAACCAUGGAGACCGCGCCGGAUCUCCAGACACCAUUCGACCCAGCACGCUGCAAACGACCCAACCCAAAUGGCCGUCAGGUGCAGCGACCCGCCGUCAUCUGCGGAAGUUGUGCCAGCGCCGGCCGUACAUUUCGGCACACUACCAGCGAAUGCUACGAACACGAAGCCCUUCACCAUUCGAAACAUCAAGUCCCAACAGCCAGCCAUCGUCAUCCUUCAAUGGCUACGAUAUGGUGAAGUCGUUGGUGACGUCUACCGCACCAUCUAUGCAACCCGAUAACAUGCUUGCUCAGUUGGCCAGCGAUGAAACUCCUCAGCAACCCGCACCGUCCCAGCGCCAACCUCGACCAGAAGGUUGGUUCGACCGCAUACCACGCUCGAAAGCCCAUCAAAAGAGCGCAUCUCUUCAAUCUGAGCUCAAGCUCAGUUUGGAUGAUCUAGCGAAUGCCCCAUCUAUGCAACUCGCUUCGCCUUUUGAUGGCGACGCAGCAUCUAGUCGCACCCACCUUCUUCAAAGCAUGACCAACACGAAAUCACUAGGCCGCACCGAAUUCAAUGGCAAGUCACUGGACUCGCCCGUUGAGUUCAAGAUAGGCGCGCUAACCGAUCGACGGUCACGCAAGCGCCGCUUUCGGUCCGACGAGGAGAAACCACGGCGACCGCCACUUGAAGAUGUGUUCGGCCCACCCAUGCAGGAAAGCAUUGUGCGCAAUCGUGGCUUCAGUGUUGGGGCUGUGCGAGCGACUGACAGCUUGACCAAGCUAUUCACGACACCAGUUACCAAUGUCGACCAGGUGAUGAGUGAAGCACCAACCAACCUGACCCCAUUCGACGAUGUUCCUAUGGGCAGCCGCUCUGCACCGCGUCGUCUCGCAGAGCCCGUACCUCGUCUUGGUUCGCCUUUCGUGGAGACUCCACCACCUAACCGCCAACACAAUACCUUCCCUCGCAGCCUCUUGCCGAAUAUGGCCAAUCAGGAACCCUUCCAUCAGCGUUUGAUGCAGCUUGCUUACGAACAACCUCAAAAUAACGCUUAG